AUGAACCCGCUGGAGGCAUUUCUCAUUAAUCGCCUCGGUCUUGUCUUUUUUCUCCUGAAGUCUGUGCUACACUGGAUGUUUGGGCUGUCAUUCUUCUUCCUGUUUUCCUCCUCAAAGGUCGCGAAUCGCGAUUGGGGAUCUCCGUGCAAUCAUUCGCUACAAUAUCCUCGCACACUAGUGCAGAUCUCCAACUUAUCCGGCCGCAUACGGACGCUCGCCAACCUUGUGGACGAGUGGUUGCCUAUGAUGUGGUGGGGUCACAAGGAGGAUGGGACCCCGUAUUGCCAUGCUAGGACGAGCAAUCAUCCGCUGCCGGGUGUGAAGAUGGACUGCGUUUAUGCUGGUUCCGAUGCCGUGUCCCAUCCAGCCAUCCCAGGAGAAGUGCCCGCCGUUGAAACGAUUCUUGAUUUAUAUCAUCGAGUCGAGUCGGGCUGACAAUACAUUUAGUGACGGUGCGCACGGCCAACCACGCCAUCGAAUGAGAUAUCUUCGUGCUGUCUGCCGUGCAGGUAGCUCAAUAUGUCGUCAUAUCAUAGUGGGCUGCAGAGCGCAGCACGCUUUUCAGCUUUUAUGCUUGACUAUACUUUUGACUGAUCUACUCGGUCGAUAGUCUAGAUCUUCAAAAAAAAAAUGGAUACCAUAUAUACCAUCCUCGCAUCUCCAUUUUUACAUGAUAUCCGUAUUUCUCUAGCUGUACAAGUUACAUUAGUGCAAGAUGUAUGACUAGUACUAUUUCGAGUCUGAUUCUGAGACAUGCUGCUACCGAC